AUGCCGAAUUCAUUACAGCGUGGAACUCUUAUACGGAACGUCAGACGGUUAAGCCGGCGAAACCCCCAGAUCAUGAGCAGCUGUGCCAGCUGCAGGGAGCCCUGUCAAACUGCCUCGCCGAUGUGUCCGCCUACCCCGAGUCGCAGCAAGCCGAGCUUUUCGUCACAUGCGGGUGGCUUAAGACUGUUGUGUGGCAGCUGUGCUUGUCAGCGACGACGCUGA